CCGGAAAUAUAAGAUGAACACUGUUGUGGCAGUCCAGAAAGUGUGUUGAUAUCGGGAUCUGAAUCCUACACUUGUUUUUGUGAUAUUGUUUUGGCCGGGAAAUCUGCCGCUUCCCUGCAUGCUGAAUCAGGACAGACCCAAAACAGUCUGGGGUGUACUUUUACAAAUCCAAGAUGGAAAAGUUGAUCACUUGUUUCAAGAAGAGACCAGACGCUGUUGUCAGGUUGAUCUGUUUCCCCUGGGCAGGUGGAGGCUCCAUACAUUAUGCACGAUGGGGGACCGUCCUUAACAGCUCCAUAGAAGUGUUUGGUGUCAAACUUCCUGGCCGGGAAAGCAGGGCCAAAGAGCCUUUCUUUAAGAACAUGCAGCAGAUUGUGGAUGAGGUUCUUCAUCUGUUAUUGCCAAUACUCAAAGAGAAGCCAUUUGCUCUCUUUGGCCACAGUUUUGGUGCCUUUACAAGUUAUGCUGUUGCAGAUGCUCUGAAGAAACUCCAAAAUAUUGAGCCAGUUCACAUCUUCCUGUCUGGUGCACCUGCGCCUUAUUCUGAGACUCGGAUCCAAGCGCCAAAGAGAAGCGAUUUAUCGGAUGAUGAUUUUCUUAAAUGGCUGAUUUCGAUUGGAGGGACUCCCCCUGAGCUCUUGGCCAACCCAGAAGUACUGAAUCUGUUCCUUCCUGCGCUCAAGGCUGACCUCCACGUUGUCGAGAAUUACAAGUGUGCCAAGCCGGUUAAUGCAGGCUUCUCCUGUCCAGUCUCAUGCUUUGAUGGGAAGGAUGAUAUUCCUCAUGAUUUACAAGCAUGGAAAGCCAUCACGACGGGAGAUUUCAACAUCAGGAUGCUUGAUGGGUCUCAUUUCUACCUCAAGGAUCCUGGAAACGAAAGAAUAAUUUUAGACUAUGUGACAAGGCAACUAGAGUUGUCAGAAAUGGACUAUUUUUGACAUUUUAAAUGUGAUGCAUACAUAAUACACACAUGGACAAAUGUUGACAACCCUCUAUUGAUGAAAGACCAACCAACAAUGAGCACUAAAAUAACUUGAAACUGACAAAACUAAUACCAAGUUAAUGAAAAUCAGAGAUUGAUUUCAUUUUUGUGGUCCAAUAGAAUAAUCUAAAAAAUAAUAUAUACUCAACAUUUUUUUUUUAAAACCAUUUGAUGGAAUCACUGAUUUUUGUUACUCUGUAGACUUUUAAAAAUAUAUUUUUAUCCAGCAAAAGUGUUUGUCCCCUUUUGUCAAAGAAAACCCUGCAAUCAGAAAUAACUAGAAACUAAUAAGACUGGAAUUUGUUAAAAUGCAUAUUGACCAGCUAAGAUGCUUCUGAGAGUGUGUUCUUGUGAGGAUUGUUUUUUUAAUUUCUUCACAAACAUUUCAUCUGUGUUAUGCUCAAAAGGAAAUAACUGUACCUCGUGAAACAAACAGCAGGCUAAAUUAUGUUCUUUUCCAAAGUUCAGCAAGGGGAUCUUGAAUGUGCUAGGUGCAAAAAAAAAAAAAAAAAUCUCUACUAUCAAGGCAUUCUAAAACAAAAUGCAGUAUGCAACCCUUGUAGAAAAAAAAAAUCUUGGUUCUUCCAACACAAUUCGUGUGGUCACGCACAGCUAGACACACCCAGAUUUAUUACGUUGGCUUAUUGACGCCUGGAACUCAGAAAAAUGUAAGUUGGACUCAGAUUUAAUUUUCUACCAGGGAUGCGUUGACUGGGAGCAAGUAAGUGUCCUCUGCCUCCCCUUAGUGGUGAAAAUGUGUUUUGACUAAAUCAAUGUCCGUGACAAUUUUGAAAGCCACUGAUCCUCAAAAGGGUCACAUGAAGUGCAUGUAAUAAUAAAAACAUGUUUUUUCUCAA